CCGGGCCCGGGAACACACAGCGAUGGACGAGCCGAGCCUCCUGCGGCGCCGUGGGCUCCAGAAGGAGCUGAGUCUCCCACGACGGGGGCGUGGCUGCCGCAGUGGCAACCGUAAGAGCCUGGUCGUGGGGACGCCCUCACCCACUCUCUCCAGACCUCUGUCACCACUCUCUGUCCCAACUGCAGGUAACAGCCCCCUGGACAGUCCUCGGAACUUCUCUGCUGCAGCAGCCAUCAGUUUCCCCUUUGCCCGGAGGGCUGACGGCAGAAGAUGGUCACUUGCUUCCCUCCCGUCCUCGGGCUAUGGGACCAACACUCCCAGCUCCACUGUAUCGUCAAGCUCGUCCUCCCGGGAGCGUCUACACCAGCUCCCCUUCCAGCCCACAGCAGACGAGCUGCGCUUCCUGUCCAAACACUUCCGCAGCUCAGAGAGUGUGGUGGACGAGGACGGAGGCCGUUCUCCGCGCCUGCGCCCACGCUCACGCAGCCUCAGCCCUGGACGCACAUCAGGAACCUUCGACAACGAGAUAGUGAUGAUGAACCACGUGUACCGGGAGCGCUUCCCCAAGGCCACAGCGCAGAUGGAGGGCCGGCUGCAGGACUUCCUAGCAGCAUUUGCUCCUGGCGACCGCCUGGCACUGGCAGACGGUGUCCUGGGUUUCAUCCACCACCAGAUCGUGGAGCUGGCACGGGACUGCCUGGCCAAGUCCGGCGAGGCUCUGGUCACCUCCCGCUAUUUCCUGGAGAUGCAGGACAAGCUGGAGAGGCUGUUACAGGAUGCUCACGAGCGGUCCGACAGCGCCGAGGUGGGCUUCAUCGUGCAGCUGGUCCGGAAGCUGCUCAUCAUCAUCUCCAGGCCAGCGCGGCUGCUCGAGUGCUUGGAGUUCGACCCGGAAGAAUUCUACCAUCUGCUGGAGGCCGCAGAAGGCCAGGCCCGCGAGGACCAGGGCGUGAAGACCGAUCUGCCCCGCUACAUCAUCCGCCAGCUGGGCCUUGCCAAGGACCCGCUGGAAGAGAUCCAGCCCCUGAACGACCUUGAUGAAAGCCAGCCGCCUGCUCCUGGAUCCCCUGAGAGCCGAGGCCUGGGUGGUCCGUCUCGGAGGAAGCCGUGUGAGAGCGACUUUGAGACCAUCAAGCUCAUUAGCAAUGGAGCCUAUGGGGCCGUCUACUUGGUGCGCCACAGGGAUACGCGGCAGCGCUUCGCCAUCAAGAAAAUCAACAAGCAGAAUUUAAUUCUGCGCAACCAGAUCCAGCAGGUGUUUGUGGAGCGAGACAUCCUCACCUUUGCCGAGAACCCCUUUGUGGUCGGCAUGUUCUGCUCCUUUGAGACCCGCCGCCACCUCUGUAUGGUCAUGGAAUAUGUGGAAGGGGGUGACUGCGCUACGCUCCUGAAAAACAUGGGCCCACUGCCCGUGGACAUGGCACGCAUGUACUUCGCGGAGACGGUGCUGGCACUAGAAUAUCUGCACAACUAUGGCAUUGUGCACCGAGAUCUCAAACCUGACAACCUGCUCAUCACCUCCCUCGGCCAUAUCAAGCUGACAGACUUCGGCCUGUCCAAGAUCGGCCUCAUGAGCAUGGCCACCAACCUGUAUGAAGGUCACAUCGAGAAGGAUGCCCGAGAGUUUGUGGACAAGCAGUGGGAAGGGAGGCGGGAGUGGGGAGGGGGUAGUGUGCAGAGCUCAGCCGGCUUGUCUGCAGGUGGCACCCAUGAGGUGAAACAGCAUCCCUUCUUCCUGGCCCUGGACUGGGCAGGGCUCCUGAGACACAAGGCAGAGUUUGUCCCACAGCUUGAAGCUGAGGAUGACACCAGCUACUUUGACACCCGCUCUGAGCGGUACCGCCACUUGGGCUCCGAGGACGACGAGACGAACGAUGAGGAGUCCUCCACGGAGAUCCCCCAGUUCUCCUCCUGUUCCCACCGCUUCAGCAAGGUUUACAGCAGCUCAGAGUUCCUGGCUGUCCAGCCCACCCCCACCUUUGCUGAAAGGAGCUUCAGUGAGGACCGAGAAGAAGGCUGGGGGCCAAGCAGCGAAGGGGACCGUGGCCGCCGGCGGCUGAGCGCUGACCUCCGGCUAAGGUCCUGGACACCUGCCUCCUCCUGUCAACCAUCUUCCUGUCCGACUGACCGGGGUCCUAGCCCAUCCCUCCUAAGCACUAUCAGUUUGGACAUGAUGCCUAAAUUUGCCUUCUCCUCUGAAGAUGAGGGGGCAAGUUCAGGACCUGCUGACCCCCAAAAGCCUGUCUUCAUUCUGGGGGAGCCUGAGCCCCCACCCCCGACCACCCCAGUGACCCCCAAGCCCUGCAGCCUUUCUGCCGACACAGCUGUCCUCAGCCAUGCCCGCCUUCGAAGUAACAGUACAGGAGCCCGGCACUCCACUCCCCGGCCCCUGGAUGCUGGCAGAGGCCGCCGCCUAGGAGGCUCAAGAGAUCCCGGCCCUGAGAAGCCCCGGGCCUCCCCUGGUGGCAGUGGGGGUCGAGUGCCCAAGUCAGCCUCUGUGUCCGCCCUGUCCCUCAUCAUCACGGCAGACGACGGCAGCGGGGGCCCGCUCAUGAGUCCCUUGUCACCCCGCUCGCUGUCCUCCAACCCCUCCUCCCGAGACUCCUCACCCAGCCGGGACCCAUCACCAGUGUGUGGUAGCCUGCGGCCCCCCAUCGUCAUCCACAGCUCAGGCAAGAAGUACGGCUUCAGCCUGCGCGCCAUUCGCGUCUACAUGGGUGACAGUGACGUGUACACGGUGCACCAUGUGGUCUGGAGUGUGGAGGAGGGGAGCCCUGCACAGGAGGCGGGACUGCGUGCUGGGGACCUCAUCACACACAUCAACGGGGAGUCGGUCCUAGGCCUGGUGCACAUGGACGUGGUGGAGCUGCUGUUGAAGAGUGGCAACAAGAUCUCCCUGCGCACCACAGCCCUGGAGAACACCUCCAUCAAGGUGGGACCCGCGCGGAAGGACCUGGCCAAGGGCCGCAUGGCCCGUAGGAGUAAGCGCAGCCGCCGGCGCGAAACCCAGGACCGGCGGAAGUCUCUGUUUAAGAGGAUCUCGAAGCCAUCUUCUGUGCUCCACACCAGCCGUAGCUUCUCCUCGGGACUCCAGCACUCUCUGUCCUCCAGCGAGAGCCUCCCCGGAUCACCCACUCACAGCCUGUCUCCCAGCCCCACCACGCCCUGCCGCAGCCCUGCCCCCGACGCCCCCACAGACACAGCAUCCCCACCCAGUGUGUCCCCAAGCUCCAGCAGCCCCGCUUCUCCAGCCACUGGCCACACCCGUCCCAGCUCCCUGCAUGGCCUGGCAGCCAAGCUCGGACCACCUCGUCACAAGAGCGGCCGCCGAAAGUCCACAAGCAGUAUCCCUCCAUCUCCGCUGGCCUGCCCGCCCGUGCCCACGCCCCCGCCACGCUCACCAUCGCCCCUUCCGGGGCACAUCCCCAUCCCCGCCCGGUCCCCAAGGCUGCGUAGGGGCCAGUCGGCCGACAAGCUGGGCCUGGGCACCAGUGAGAGGCUGGAUGGGGACGGAGGCCGGCGCGGCCGGGGGGCAGAGGCUGAGCUGGUCGUCAUGAAGAGGCUGCAUCUGUCAGAGCGCCGGGACUCCUUCAAGAAGCAGGAGGCGGUCCAGGAGGUGAGCUUCGAUGAGGAGCCUGGGCCGCCUCGCGCGGUGCCGAAGAUCGCUGUGCAGGGUGCAGAGGCCACGCCUGGAACCCCGGGACCAGCCAGGAAAGACUGACCACCUCUGGCUGCAGUUCCUUAUGCAGCUGUCAUCUUCACCAAGUCACACCUAGAUGGGGUGCAGCCAUCAGCCUGGGACUUGGAGGUGCCCCCCUUCCCAGGAAGGGUUGGGAAGGGGGUGCCAGUGACUUGUAAAUAGCAAGCCCUCGCGACUAAUUUAUUACUUUUUAUAAGCAAUAGCCAGGCUGGUCCGCCUGGUGGACUCGGCUGGUUGUCUUGUUCUUGGCCCCUGGAGCACAGCCUACAGACCCUGUUCUCUGGGUCAAGGCAAAGCACUUUGGGCAACUUCUGUGUUUUCUAGUUUGUCCCCUGUCCUUUCCAAGUAUGUGUGUGUUUGUGUGUGUGUGUGUCCAUCCCAUUCCCAACCCAAGACCCACUUGAAGGCACACAAAAGCUGGUCCCUACUGAGUUUUGACAGAGCUUGGAAGCUGCACCCUAAAGCAGGAGGGUCACCUCAGUGGCAGGCUAUACUCUGAAGACACCUCCUGUGUCUGAACAGCUCUCCUCAGACUGUCCUUCCUCCACUCUGCCUGUGAUCCUGCAUGCUUCAGUUUAGGGGAAGUGUGGGAACAAAGGGCUUGGGGGAUGAGGAAUGCUCUGGCUUAAGGCAGAAUAGCCCAUACACCUUGCAGGAAGUAACUGACAAGCCUAAGGGCCAUCAAGGUGGGAAAGGUGUCCACUGCAGGGUGGGACAAAGCACUUGUCCCAAAUGAGGUCCAUGCCUGACCACCAACCCCUGCACCACAAAGUCAAUGCCCACGUGCACGAGGCCCAGCACGGUGAGUGCCAGAGGACCAAGUGUGGACCCCAGCUAUGCUGUGUAAUUCUGGAGGAGUAUCUUUCCCAUUCUGUGCCUGUUUACAGGACUAACCCCAGUGACUUGCACACUUCACGUACACCGAGCACACCUGAAUCCCCCCAGCUUUGUGUGAUCCAAGCAGCUGAGGUUCCCAGGGCCAGAGGCUUGUCCCACAAUGGUCUAGGACAGGAUCUCCCAGCCCUACAGUGAGCAUGGCCAUGGGGAAGCCCAGGCUGUCCCAUAAUGCUGUGUGAUCUAGCAGCCAUGUAGUAGGUUGCCAGUGACGCAGCUCUCCACACUCCAUGAGGGGAAUUUGCAGGCACUCAAACACUCUGCAUCUCCCUGACUCGCAGCCAGUACCGUCUGCUGGAAGGGAGACCAAGGCUGUGCAUGACUAGCCCUCCACUCAUUUUGGAGCUGGCAUCAAAUAAAGUCCCAUGA